GUCGCACAAAGCCGCGCAGAUGUCUAAAUCUCACGGUGAAAAUCACACUGCAUGUUCUCUUUUCCAACAUAGGUGCACUGAUGAUUCAUAUGGAAGCAGUUAUUCUGUUCGGCAGAACAUUUUUCUGAAAAUUCAGAGCCGUUUUUGUAGGUGAAAACCGGUCUGGUUCUUCAUGCUUAAUCGGCUCAGCUAAGCAAUGGAUAUUGAGCUAGAGCACCAAGCCCACAACAUGCAAGAUCUUGCCGAAGCCUGGGUCGCCGCGAACACGGAGACAAGUUUCAGACGCUCGCAGAUUGUCUCACCACAAGAGGCUGUCAAGCCUGCAACCUCCUUCUCAGAAGAUCCUUCAACCUCAGAUGUCAAUCAAGAUGUCGUCAUCGUGUCUCCUGCACCAGAGGACCAAAUGGCGCCCUCGACGUCAAGCCAGUGCCAAGUGCAAGCCUCCAUAUCCCCCGUGGCUGCCGCAUCUCGAAAAAGGAAGCAAGCCAGCCCCCAACCUUGUCGUGAAUCAGCUGAUGUGACGGGGGGACCUUCGCCAGCUAAGACUCAAACCAAAGAGGAUGACCCAAAGCAUGGGAAGAUGCUGCCUGUUCACUGCUCCAUUGAGACGGUAGACCUCCCACAAGGAAAAGAGAAAGACGGAGCGAUGGAGGGGUACGCCAUCGUGCCCAGUACGCUCCUCUUGAAAGAGCUGGUUCGAGUUGCUCUUUGUAAACUUGACUACCCCAAGGAUCAAGUCCGCAACGCAACGGGUGUCAUCCAAGUGCAGAACUGGAAGGCCCUACCAUUCAACCUGAUCACAGACGAUCCCCAGGCCACUGUGGGUAAAAUCUUGGGCGACCUUCUCUCCUACAUCACACUCAAGAUUAAAAUCGUACAAAGUCGCAGCACCAAUCCACGCACCACCUCCUCCUCGGCCUCCUCCUCCUCCGUGUCCUCAUCGACCCUCCAGCUUGGCCUGCAGCCCACCCUGCUUGGCUUCACCCUCAAGAGGUCCUCAUCGGGUGAGAUGCUGGGCUCCAGGGCUACCGUGGAGAUCAGGCUCAAGCUACUCCAGCUGCUGGAGAAGAGAGGGCCCACGAUGCUGGUCAGCCAUGGCUGUCCAUUUUCUCAGGGUACCGUUUCUGCCAUCAUCCAAGGUAAAUACAGCAAACCGAUACAGCAGGAAAAACUGCAAACAUUCUACCAGUGGUACAACAUCUACAACGGUCUGAUGGACAACACCCUAGUGUCUGCCGAGAAGUUAGACAGUACUCUACCUGUCAAACCAAGCUCGAGACACUGGAGGCGCCCACGGACCCUCUUCGAUCAGAGGUACGAGCUCCCACGCCUCAUGAGCUGGUACCGGAUGAACCCCCGCCCCAGUCGUGCCGAGCUGGAGAUCUUUCUUGCCGAAUUGAACUCGUCGGAGAGGCGUCGCAACUCGCAUCCACUUCAGUACUCUUCCAUUGCGAUCUGGUUUAAGAAUGCGCGCGCAAAGUAUCGUGGCGUUCGUGGUCUGAGCCCAGAUUCGUCUGAGCCCGAACGAGCGCCUCGUCUCGGUAAAGGACAGAUCAGUCGCAUCUCUGAGCUCAGUGAGCGACGGAGAGAGGCGGCCAAUGGGCCACGACAAAUGUACAUCCAGUUGGGUCACUCAAAGGUCAAGAGUGACUCGAGGUCAAGGUUCACGAACCAAAUUCGCAUGCAGCAGAAGACGAGUGAGGUGCCCCGGGCUCAGCCAAGAAGCAUCAGCGUCAAGACGAGUUUGAGUAAUGGUCACGCCCACACAACGACUCACUCAAAAUCUUUGUUAACCACACCAAACAUUUCCGCUAUAAGGAUCGCACCAAAGCCUAUCAGUAGUACCGAGCAACCAAUCGCAAUUGCGCCCUCUAUGAGCACGGCCUCACCAUCCCAGGUGACGGACAUUCGCAAGAUCGCGUCAGGGUUUGGGAUAAUGUUGUCACCCGCGGCACAGGAAGCUCCGUUCACCGAUUGCAAACAGCUACCCGUUGAAGGUAUCAAAGUGGAGAAGAUAAGCCCAACCUCGGCGACAAGUACGACGGCCACAGCCUCCCCGAGCACCAACUCGGUACUGAAUCUCUCAAAUUCUAAGCCCCCAUCAAGUGCCAGCUCUGCUGCCUCCUCGAUUGUCGUCCCAACAAUCAGUAUGACGCCGAUUCGAAUUCCAACAUCAACAAUGAUUCACAGCAUGUCAAACGGGCCAUUACAAGCAGUUAAUCUGAAACAACAUGGCGCCGGGCCAGACAGGGCACGAGGACUAGCCCUACCUCAGCAAGUCAGCUCGCCCAAAAACACUAGCAGCAGUCGACCGACGCGGAAGCGUUUUAACAUCCACCCAAGCUUGGAGGUGCCUAAACUGCAGGCUUGGUUCUGCAUCAACCCGAAGCCCGACCGCCACACCAUCGAUCAGUUCGUGGCCGAACUCAACCGCUCGGAGUUCCGUAAGAACCAGCCGAAGUACGACAGUAGGAUCGUUUAUGUGUGGUUCAAGAACGCGCGCGCGAAGUACUCGCGACAGAAAAUGAGAGAUGGCGAUGAGAGCUCGACUGACACAUCGAAUCUUACGUUGACGUAUUCGAGAGUGAUUCAGUUGUAGCGACAAUGUUAUAAUCUAUAAGACAAUAAAUGAAAUACAUUCUUGCUGAGACUCUGUACAAAAUAUCGUUAAGCAAUUCUGUUGUCAUCAGCUCUUGUUCUUUUAAUCCUAAUCACCUUUUAACACAGAAGGGGGCGUUUUGGCGAUCGCAACCACUAUUAUGUUUGAGCUUCUGUCAUUAGUUUUGACUGGUGUGCGUUCAAAUUGCGCAAUUAUUUGUUAUCAUUGGAAUGAAUGGUUGUGCACUUCGUGUUGUCAAUAUGGUGGCACUCUGUAAUGAAAAUGGCGACACUGCGCAUGUAUUUUUUUGUAAGGUUUGUUUUUGCUGUGUUGAAGGUCCUCUUUUGUACAUCAUGAAAUCAACUAUUAAUUAAGUUGUUAUUUCAACUCAACCUGAUCGCAUUCACAACCACUCGAAAACGCUGAUAUGUUUGCUCAAGUGGAAUGCACCUCGGGUUCAAAUGCGCUGCAAUAAAUUGCAUAUUCAUGAAAUGUCCCAGCCAAUCAGCAGGAGGGUACCUUUGAAGCCUUUGCCAAAAUCUUAAAGUCAGUGGUUGUGUUGCAAUGACAAGGUUGUUCCGACUUAACUGUAACUGUAUUUAGGCUGGGUUAGACUUGGUUUCAAGUUGGCAUCUUUACCAAAUUUAUCAUUAUACAUACAGAAUUUUUUUUUAAACAUUAUUUAUGCUGGGUUGAGCCCGGUUCAUACUUCCUGCGAAUGCGA